AUGGCAAAAUCAGCAACCAAUAAGAAAUCAAUUCCCACCACAUCUCUGUCAUCAUCGACUCCCUCCAAAUCUUCAGCAGUGGUAUUAAAAGAAGUGAAAUCAACAUUAACUACAACUAUUAAUAAUUAUUUUGAUACUAUAUCAGCACAGCCUAGAUUAAAAUUAAUUGAUUUAUUUUUAAUUUUUUUGGUAUUAUUAGGUAUAUUACAAUUUGUUUAUGUAUUAAUUAUUGGCAAUUUCCCAUUCAAUUCAUUUUUAGGUGGAUUUAUUAGUUGUGUUGGACAAUUUGUUUUAUUAGUUAGUUUAAGAUUACAGAUUAAUGAUACCACUAAGGAGGAAAAUAAUCAAUUGGAAUCAGAAUUAGAUGAAGAUAAAAUUGGAAAUGUAACAUCUAAUGUUAAUGGUGGUAGACUUUUCAAAGAAAUUACACCAGAAAGAUCAUUUGGAGAUUUCAUUUUUGCUAGUUUGAUUUUACAUUUUAUUGUUAUUCAUUUUAUAAAUUGA